AUGUCGUCUAAGUCUAUGGUUCUGGGUUACUGGGAUAUUCGCGGGACCCUUCCACGGCCCUCCCUCCGGCGGGACACCGAGGAGGCCGGGUCCCACUGCGUCCUCUCUCUUGCAGCUCCUGACUAUGACAGAAGCCAAUGGCUGGAUGUGAAAUUCAAGCUAGACCUGGACUUUCCUAACCUGCCCUACCUCAUGGAUGGCAAGAACAAGAUCACCCAGAGCAACGCCAUCCUGCGCUACAUCGCGCGCAAGCACAAUAUGUGUGGCGACACUGAAGAAGAAAAGAUUCGCGUGGACAUCAUGGAGAACCAGAUAAUGGAUUUCCGCUUGCAGCUGGUUCGACUCUGCUACCACUCGGACCAUGAAAAAUUGAAGCCUCAGUACCUGGACCAGCUACCGGGACAACUGAGACAAUUCUCCUUGUUCCUAGGGAAAUUCUCCUGGUUUGCAGGGGAAAAGCUCACCUUCGUGGAUUUCCUCACCUAUGACGUCUUGGAUCAGAACCGUAUGUUUGAGCCCAAGUGCCUGGAUGAAUUUCCAAAUCUGAAGGCUUUCAUGUGCCGCUUUGAGGCUUUGGAGAAGAUCGCUACCUACAUGCAGUCUGACCGCUUCUUCAAGAUGCCCAUCAACAACAAGAUGGCCCAGUGGGGCAACAACAGACUGUGCUGAGCAGGAGGCCGACUCAACUGCUUCUGUCCCCUCUUGCCCCAGGGGGCCUGUGCUCUUUUCAAUAAAUAGCACUUGGGCUA